AUGACCCUACACGAUAUCAGUAUCAUCAGUAUGGCCCUGGCCAUGGCCUCAAUGAUACUUAUGGCAGCGGCCAAAACGCCACAGUCGAAAAAUGUCGACAUUCUCUUCCCAGCCUUGCAUGAAAUGGAUAUGAACAAACUGGAAGGAAGUGUCAUAAGUGCUGGUGCUACAGCCACCACAAUUCAGAUUGACUGCCGCUCUAGCGCAACCAACCAAUGCACCUCUUCUGCCUAUAUCUUGCCCCAGACUCUCACUGCAGGUCCUUCUUUCCAGGACUUUCAUUACGAUAUUACCAGCUUCUGGAACAGCACUAUCUUUAUCGUCACUGGUACUUUGGACUGCAACAUGACCCAGUCUACGCUCGGUGCCUCUUGCUAUUUUUCUACCAGCACAUGGAUCUCCAGCGGCACAAAAAAUUACUCCUCAGUAUAUACCACAACCGCCACUAUAUCUUCAAUGAACUUGAAGUAUAAUACCUUGGCGGUGCCAUCGGGCUUGGAUAACCUUCCCGCCGAAACUGCGGCCACGAAUGCAUCUCCUGGUCAUACGGGGACGUCAACAUCCAAGCCAACGACGACCGCUGCAAUGACCUCAGAACAUGGCUCGUCCUCGAAAGCCUGGGUCGCAGGUCCAGUGGUUGGCGUCGUGGUUGGCUUAGCUUUGGUUGCGGCAGUGGCGUUUUGGUUGGUCAGUCGCAGGCAUAAGACCAAGGUAGAUCCCGUGCGCAAGAAUCCAAUAGAGGGAACAUCAGAGGUCUCAGAGUACCCCAUAUGUCUACCAGGGCAGAACAACCAGGUUAGAGAACUUUCAGCGAAGACUGCACCGGCAGAGUUAUCAAGUCAACACAACCCCCAUGAGAUGGAGUGA